AUGGCAUCGCCGCUAUCGCCGCGGGACAACCCGCACAUCCGCCUCAACUCGGGCACCUCCGACAUCCUCGACGAGUCACCAGCACAGCGACCGACCACCGCUCGCCAGAACUCUGCCCGCUCGUUAACGCAGUCCAUCCGCCCUGGAACUGCCCCGUCUCCUGCAAGCCCCGGCCUGCGAUCACCGUCAGUACCCUCGCUGUACAAGAACGAUGCUGUGGCGGCUUCUGCGGAGCAUCUCUUGCCGCCAAAGAAGUCAAGAACGCGCGCCUUCCGUGACGAAUCACCUGCCCCGGCCGUGUCGCGGAGAUCGAGUUGGGAUUCUGAUUCAGUGACCAGUCGCGACUCAAGAUACGGCCCGUUUGCCUCGCCCUUCGACGAUUCGAGAGCGCCGUCGCGGGCGGGAAGCGAAGAGGAUCUGAACACGCAGACUGUGUCGGAGAAGUUCAACAUAACCCCUUCCGCAGGGCUGCUAUUGUUCCCCGAGGACGUAGAAAAGGACGACUGGCUGCACAACCCGGAUCCGAACGAGAAGAACGAGCGAGAUUGCGACGUGUUUACGAAGAGAGGUCUCGUGAACGUGGGCGCACUGGUGAUCCUUACCGUAGGAUUGCUUGUAUUGUUCAUCGGAUAUCCUAUACUGACCUUCGUGCACAACAUAACUGCGCCUAGCAAGACGCCUUGUUCGAAUAACCCACUCUGUAUUGCCGGAAAAGAACACGAACCGUUACUAAAGAACAUUCGCACAGGUCUCAUUGACCCUGAUACUCCUGAAGAAUACAAGACGAGGAAAUCACACAACGGCAAAACUCAGAAGCUAGUAUUCUCAGACGAGUUCAAUGAUGAAGGUCGUACCUUCUACGAUGGUGACGAUCCCUUUUUCCAAGCCGUCGACAUCUGGUAUGGCGCGACGCAGGAUUUGGAGUGGUACGAACCGGACGCAGUCUCUACCGGCAAUGGCACGCUCAAUCUCGAAUUUACCGACUUCGCGAAUCAUGGUCUCAACUACCGCUCCGGCAUGAUUCAAUCGUGGAACAAGCUCUGCUACAAGGGAGGUCACCUGGAAGCCAGUAUCUCGCUGGCUGGCAGUGGCGAGAUCUCUGGUUUCUGGCCUGGUUUCUGGACAAUGGGUAAUCUUGCGCGUCCUGGAUACCUUGGUACGACCGAAGGUCUCUGGCCCUACAGUUACCAUGACGAGUGUGACGUCGGUAUUACGCCCAACCAGAGUUCAUACGAUGGUCUGAGCUACCUUCCCGGAAUGCGACUACCCGCAUGUACCUGCAGUGGGGAGGACCAUCCCAACCCUGGCAAAUCUCGAAGCGCUCCCGAAAUCGAUGCUCUGGAAGGUUCAGUCGUCUUCCUUGGCCCUGGUCAGACAAAUCCUGUUGGUUCAGUAUCUCAGUCUCUCCAGAUCGCACCCUUCGACAUCUGGUACCAGCCAGACUAUGACUUUGUCGAGGUCUAUGACCAGCGCGUUACGGAAAUGAAUGCUUACAAAGGUGGUCCUUUCCAAGAAGCUUUCUCAGGUCUCUCGAACCUCAACAAUGACUGGUACGACGGCAAAGCAUACCAGAAAUACGCGUUCGAGUACACAACCGGCGAUGAUGGUUUCAUUACAUGGUACGUUGGCGACUCGCCAACUUGGAGCUUGUACGCCAACUCCAUCGGACCGAACGGCAACAUUGGUGCGCGCAAGAUCCCUGAGGAGCCCAUGUCGGUUAUUGCCAACUUGGGUAUGUCCAACUCAUUCGCCGCCAUCAAUCUCGAGGAUCUACAGAAGUUCUUCCCUGCUACUAUGCGUAUCGACUACAUUCGUAUCUAUCAGGAUCCGGAUGAUGAUAACCAGGUUCUCACCUGUGACCCUCCGGACUACCCUACUACGCAAUACAUCAGGAAGCACCCGGAGCCCUACGCCAAUCCGAAUCUAACGGACUGGAAGGGAACCAAGUACGACUGGCCCAAGAACUCGUUCAUGAACGAUUGCAAGAGCUGA